AUGUCAGCAACCAUCAAUGCCGGGCUAUACGCCCUAGAGAUCCCACCUGAUGGAAUGUUGGUUCCCGCAGUACCUCAGGGUAUUCCUGCAGGCAUCCGCAUCACCAUGGCUGCCAUUGAUCCCACAGCACCAGCAGCUGAUAAUGCUACUGAUAUCCCUACUGUGCAGCAAAUGGCCACCCUCAAGCUCGUCCGUGUAUUGUACGACGGCGAUGAUGAUUCCGAGGACUCAGACUUCGAGGACAUCUCCGACGAGGACUCGGACGAGGAAAUGGAGGACGUCAACGGCGCUGGCCCAAGCGAUCCCAAGAAGGCCAAACUCUCCAAGAAGCAGGCUCUGCUAGCUCUCGCAGCCGAGGAUGCUGAAGAUUCCGACGAUGAUGACUCUGACGACUCUGGCGACGAGGCUGAAGCCAAGGCCGUCCUUGCAAAGCUGCAGAAGUCUCUCAAGGGCAAAGGCAAAGCCACAGAAGGUGAAGAUGAGGACUCCGACGAGGAUUCAGACGAAGGCAUCGCAGAAUCUGAGCAUGUUAUCUGCACUCUCGUGGGCCCCACCGCUAUUCCCCAACAGCCACUCGACCUUACCAUCGGCGAGGGCGAGAAUGUUUACUUCCGCGUUGUUGGCACUCACACUGUCAGCUUGACCGGCACCUAUAUCAUCGACGCCGACCCAGAGAUCGACAGCGAUGAGGAGGACGAAGAGCUCGACAGCGACGAAGAACUCGACCUCAUGGACGGUCUCGAAGAUCUCGCCGGCGAUAGCGAAGCCGACUCCGAGCUCGACGCUCUCGACGACCUCGCAGACCCCCGCAUCACCGAAGUCGUCGAGGAAGAGAUCAAGGUCGAACCCACCAAGAAGAUUAAGGCUGAGAAAGGCAAGAACAAGCGUCCCGCAGAGGAGUCUGCCGACGAGGACUCGACUCUUGAUGCGAUUAUGGCCAAGUCCAUCAAGCCUGAGACUACCACCGAAGCCGAGCCCACCACCAACGGCGAGACCAAGAAGCUCAGCAAGGCCGAGAAGAAAAAGCUGAAGAAGCUCAAGAAUAAUGACGGCGCUGCAGCUGAUGCUCCCGUCGCAGCCGUUAAUGCCUCAGCAGAAGCUAAGCCUACCACCAACGGUGACACCAAGAAAGUCCAGUUCGCCAAGAACCUCGAGCAAGGCCCGACACCAUCUGCAGCCGCCGCCAAGCCCGCCGAAACCAAGCCCGCUGCGAACACCACAACUACCCCUUCAGUCCGCACCGUCCAGGGUAUCACAAUCGACGACCGCAAAGUCGGCACCGGCCCCCUCGCAAAGAAAGGCUCCCACCUCAGCAUGCGCUACAUCGGCAAGCUCGAAUCCAACGGCAAAGUCUUCGACUCCAACAAGACCGGCAAGCCCUUCUCCUUCACUCUCGGCAAGGGCGAGGUCAUCAAAGGCUGGGAUCUGGGGCUAGAAGGCAUGCAGAACGGCGGCGAGCGACGCAUCACCGUCCCCGCAGCGAUGGGCUACGGCAAGAAGGGCGCGCCACCCGACAUCCCGCCCAACAGCGUCUUGCGCUCGACGUCAAGUGCGUCGGUGUGA